ACAGAACGUCUUGAAGUUAACAACAAAGUUUGCAGACACCAUGGUUACUCGGCUGGCCACCAUUCAUAUUACAAACAGGACCAAAGGCUACAUCCUUCGUAACCCCAGUGGAUAUUGCCUAACUCCUUUGCCAACAUCACUUGGGCCUUCUGAAUGUGACGUCGCUCUGUUCUGUAAGACUGAAGGCACAGCGUGUGGCUCUGUUGGAGUCUUCACCUACGAUCUCUACGAUGAAUCUAAAAACACAGCUGAUAAGAAAAUAGCCGUCAUGUUCUCGGUACCUUUUGACUAUAGCCUGUACUCUAACUGGUACGCAGUCGGAGGCUUUGACAGGCAAACAAAAUGUGAUUAUGAUCUUUAUGUAAAGAUGUAUUACAGUGAUGAGAGAGGGUUUGUCAGAGGAAAAGCUGAUGUUAAUGAUCUGACUUACACAGUCAAUGAUGUUACUGUUAAAUCCAGCAUGACAAACUCCAACGUUGCAACACUGAAAGUUGAUGUACACAGUUAAUUCUGGAUUAUCUGGAGUUACCCUAACACUGAUGAUCAGGAUAAACAAUUAUCAACUUGCUAAGUUAACCCACACUGUAAAAUAUAACUUGUUUCAACUUAAAAAUAUGAGGUAAAGGGCUGCCUUAAAAUUUUAAGUUAAGUCAAGAAAUAGAGUUUAUUCUUGUAACACAACCAAAUGUUAUGUUGAUGAAAAAUCACAUGUUCUCUAAACUUUUGUCUUAGUCUAGUUGACUGAGAUUUGUUAGUCAGUUCAACUGCUUUAAUAGUCAUUUUUACUUGGGAAAACUCUUUCAGCUAAAUUUAAAUAAUCUAUUGUUUAAACUCGUCCUAGUUCAGUUAACUUGGGUUUUUUAGAUAAGUCAAAUACUUUAGUCGUUCUUUUAACUUAGGAAUCUAUUUUAGCUUAACUAACAUAAUCUGUUAGCUAAGUUGA